CAGUAACAUGUUUGGUUAGCUGCUGAAAGCUGAGGCUCCGGAACGACGUUUGGCCAUACGUCAAACAUGGCGGAGCUGAUCGCGAUUCCGUUGAAGAAGCCGUCCGACGCCGACGUGGUGAAACCGCUCACCAAUGUCAUCCGGUCGACGUACAGCGGCACGGGUAAGGAUUAUGCGGACGCCAUCGCGGAAUUCAGCAAGCUGCGGAACAACGCUCUGUGGCGUGCCUUCGAGAAGUAUGAGAGCUCCUUGCAGGUUAUCUACAACUAUUAUGAUCAAUUAUGUGCUCUGGAAGGAAAAAUCCCUACUCACGAAUUGCAAAUACCAUUCAAAUGGAAAGAUGCCUUCGAUCGUACGAUUUUUGGGGGAAAACUUAGCUUAACAAUAAGUACAUUAGCAUAUGAAAAAGUAUGCGUGCUCUUUAAUAUUGCCGCCUUGCAAAGUUCCGUGGCAGCUACCCAAUCCUUGGACACUGACGAAGGAUUAAAGCUGUCGGCUAAAUUAUUUCAGCAAUCGGCUGGAAUAUUUAAUUAUCUGAAGGGAAACGUUAUGAUGGCGAUUCAACAAGAACCAACACCUGAUAUUAGCCCGGAAACGCUUGGAGCGUUAAGCGCUUUAAUGCUUGCGCAGGCACAAGAGAUAUUUGUCCAUAAAGCGAUUCACGAUUCCAUGAAGGAUGGUAUUGUUGCUAGACUGGCGGCGCAAGCGGAAGAACUAUACGCGGACGCAUUGAAAUUAUUUCAGAAGGAAAUCUUUCGUGCGUUUUGGGAUAAGGAAUGGGUGCCAUUGAUUGCGGGUAAACAAGCCGGUUAUCGUGCCAUGGCUGAAUUUUAUCAAUCACUUGUGUGUAAGAAUAAUAAAUUGAUCGGAGAAGAAAUCGCUAGACUAGAGCAUGCCGUAGAGUUGUUCAAAGCUGCUCAACAAAGAUCGAAUAAACCAAAUCUGUUCCAAGAUUAUGCCAACAGGGCACAGAGAAAUCUGACGGAGGUGAAGAAGGAUAAUGAUUUUAUAUAUCAUGAAAGGAUUCCAGAUAUUAAGCAUGUAGAAGCUAUAGGAAAAGCUAGCGUUGCUAAAUUACUUCCGCUACCUGAAACAUUCAGUGCCGAUUUCAAAGAUUUGUUCGCCGAGCUGUUGCCUCUCAAUGUACGUCACGCAUUGUCGGCCUACGAAAAUCGUCGUAAUGAGCUAGUCAAUUACGAAAUUUCAAAUCUUCGUGAAAUGACGCAACUCUUAAAUAGUGUUCUGGCAAGCUUGAACUUGCCGGCGGCUAUAGAAGAUACGAGUGGAACGGAAAUACCACAAUCGUUAUUGGAUAAAGCACUUCGUGUACGAGAAUCGGGUGGAAUAAAAGCUUUGGAAGUAUCUAUGAGAGAACUGCCGGAUUUAUUGCAGCGUAAUAAAGAACUUUUAGACGAGUCUGAAAGAAUGUUGCAAGAAGAACGCGAGUCUGACAACCAAUUAAGAGAGCAAUUUAAAGAUCGUUGGAAGCGAACACCCAGUGCCCGAUUGACAGAACAAUUUACUACUAAUUUACAAAAAUAUCGUGAAAUUAUAAAUAAUGCAGUUUCCGCUGAUAAGGUAGUUCGUGAGAAAUACGAAAUCCACAAAGAAGGAAUCGAAAUCCUAAGUUUGGAUGAAGACGAACUUGCUAAUGCUAUUCCGCAAGGAUCUGCUCUUCAAGAAAGUAAUGUUGUUAUUAAGCUCAGGAAGUUAAUGGAAGAGGUAGCCACAUUGAAAUCCGUACGAGACACUAUCGAAAAUGAAUUUAAAUUCGCUGCCAAUGACAUGAAGACGACGUUUCUAUCGGCACUGGCCAAAGAUGGCGCGAUUGAUGAACCAAAUAUAUCUGUCGAGAGUUUGGGGAAGUGUUAUGGGCCUUUGCAGAAACAAGUACGGGAAAGUAUAGCACAGCAGGAAAAAUUAGUUGCUGAAAUUCAGAGUUGUCAUACAGAAUUUACAAAUGAGCAAGUUGGUAGCGGUAGUGCGCGAGAAGCGAUACUUUGUAAAUUGGCUUCUGCUUACGAUGCAUUCAAAGAGCUAAAGAACAAUCUAGUAGAAGGAACUAAAUUUUAUAAUGACUUAACGCAGCUACUCGUGGUUUUCCAAAACAAAAUAUCCGACUUUUGUUUCGCACGAAAGACUGAAAAGGAAGAACUAUUGAAAGAUUUAACUACGAAUUUAAGCCAGACUGGCCCUGCUGCAACACCGAGCAUUCCAACUCAUCACGGCAGUGGUCCUCCUGGCAUAAACCCAACACCUGAAGCCGUCACAUCGCCGCAGCUGCCUUAUCCAACCCAACAUCAAGGCGGUAUGCCUAUACCUUACGGUGCUACGCCAGCAACACCGUAUCCUGCCUAUGCUCCUCCACCAAUGCCGACGACGUACAAUCCAUACGCUACGAUGCCAUAUCCUACACAAGGAUACAAUCCGUACCAGGGUAUGCCUCAAGCUCCAUACGGAGGUUUUGCUACAUUACCACGUUAUGGUACUCAACCACCGCCACAUGGUCAAAACCCAUGGUAAAAUAUACAGGCAGGCAGUAUUAGCAUGUACGCUGCAAUUUGAAGUUAUAAUCGUAUAUCACACGCAUAUUUUAUAUAUAAAUCUAGAAAAAAACCUGCAAUUAACCAACAUUGGGGUGAUGAUGUGUAUCCAAGGGAAAUUUGCGUUUACUAAUUGUUACACGUUUUGUCGAGUCCUUUAUCUAGUACAGAUUGACCGUUGAUACUUGUUAAGCUUUAAAGCGCUGCUUCAUCAAUUUUGUGUAGAGGGCUUAUUAUCGAUUUAUAAAUAUAUUUUGUAAAAUAAGUCAAGCGUAUAGAAAUUAUUACCUAAAUCAUCUAGAGGAAAAGAUUUCAAUGUGUCAACUUCAAGUACGCUACGGAUAAAUAUGAUAAAUAAAAUGCAAAUUGUACAGAGA